UCUCUGACGAAUUUUGUGACGAGCCGGUACCUUACCACUAGAGUGUACACCCUCCAGCAAGACCAGAUUUUAAAGUUCUACGCACUGCUCUGUCAGGAGGGACAAUCGAAAGUUGUCAAUGUGACUCUGCUUCUUAUAAACAACCCCGGCUGGGAACCUGUCCGAGGCAGCGUGGAAUACUACGUGGUGCGGGCCACUGACAAUGAGGACCCCGAAGUACUUUGCACCAACAUAGCAGACAACGGUAAAGCCUCACCGAACUGCCUGAUUCCAUCUUGGCCAGACUCAACCGACAUGGCCAUAGUGGUCAAGGCAGGACCUGUGUCUGGUAUCUUGAUCACCGUCCAUGCGGACUUCUUUCACGCGAACACCGAGACUGCUUUUCACAUCCGAGCUAGUAUCCCAUUUUCCCAGAAGGUCGUAAUUGCAAAGCCGUUUACGGGAGCGCCGACCUUCCCCAACAUUGUGACAUUGAUGGCGACAGCGACAAUCUACCCUCCCGUCUCUCUCGCCUAUCAAAGGCAGGCCGUGUUGACCCACGUCUGGUGCAGUGGCGUUGCAAGCCACGAGGUGAUGUUCUCUGUGGAGUCCACGGUCAUGGCUACGGACGGGCAAAGUGCCUUCACGCAACAUGUCUGUGACUCCACGGACUGCGAGGUUGACAGAAACAACAUUGCACACAACGGGAACCAACUGCCAAGUAACACCGUUGUCACGGAGCCAGCAAGGUACAUGAGGUUGACCUUCCUCGUCACCAGCUGGGGAGGGGCGUACGAUGCCGACCAAAACAGCUACAUCGGCCAGUUUCUGUUCCAAGCUCAGGUUCGCCUUUUCGAGAAAAGCUCACAAAAUUAACCUUAGUAUGCCUUGUGUUUUACCAGUCAGUCGUUUUUAAUUUAGAUCUCGGUUUGCACAGAGCCUGCACUUUGAAACUUCUCCAACAACACGGCUGAGCAAGCCACGGCCCACGCAGCCGGGGGUUUGUAUGCUUAAAGCCCUAGGGAAGGAUGUAAUAUUUCCGCUCUGAUUCGAGUACCGGCGUUACGUCUUGUUCAGGAAAUUAAUAUUUGUCUGUCAUCUUAAAUAUCACUUGAAAUUCAACAGAUGCCUACGUAGUUGGAGAUCUGAUGUCAUGAAACAUACUGCUUCGAAUCUUGUUAUUGUCUUAUCAGCUUAACUUAAACUCUUAAUCUGGCCACUAUGCGUAAGAAAAGGAGAUACUGUAACAUACAUUUCGAAGUUCGUUAAAGUUUGUUCGUGGAUAUGCAGACGGUUAUUUCUUUACGGAAGCUGCAUUGUACAUGUACUUUAUCUGUAAAUUAUGCACUGCUAACCUAUACUGAGACAUGCAUCUUUGCUCCUUUGUUGACGACGGAUACACACUGGUCAACCGGUUGCGGAGUGAUACUGAAUCUAAAGAUAUCAAAGAUGUCUGUUUCAUGUAAAAGGAUUAUUGUCUCUUUACUUUGUCCCCGAAACUGGAUUUUUUCCUUCUCAAAUCCACGAUAGUUUUUCUUUAUCAAGUGGCGUAUUUCUCUGGUAUUUGGAAGAAGAAUUAGUUAUGAUUAGUGAAUAAAUGGAAUUUUCACAA